AUGCUUGAUGAAUAUCGUAGUCGAGCAUCGUUUUGUACUAAACGUAUGCUAAACAUAUUUGAAGAUCAAUCAUCACAAGCUUAUCGAGCAAAAAUUUGGUCUAUAUUAAAUUCCAAAGCAAUAUUUCGACAACCACAAUUUCCUAUAUCAAUCGAUGAAUAUAAACAUUUAACAUACCAACGUACUAAAGAAUUAAUAAAAGCUAAUUUAUUAACGGAUGAUGAAAUGUUCGACAAUCCACGACAUAAAAUUGUUCUUGAACAAUGUUUAGCUAUGUAUGAUUCAUCAUGUCAUGCAAAAUAUGCACUUUCAAUGACAGUAUUUCGUGAAACAAUUCGAACAUUAGGAACAAAACGACAUGAAUAUAUUUUAAAUUUAGAUCAAAAUCAUCAAAUUUUUGGUUGUUUUGCUUUAACGGAAUUAGCACAUGGCAGUAAUACAAAAGAAAUGCGAACAACAGCUACUUAUGAUCCAUCAACUCAGGAAUUUGUUUUAAAUACACCAGAUAUUGAAGCAAUGAAAUUUUGGGUUGGUAAUUUGGGCUAUCAAGCAACACAUGCUGUUGUCUAUGCACAACUUUAUACUCAAAAUACUUGCUAUGGUCUUCAUCCAUUUUUUGUACCGAUUCGUGACCUAUUGACAUAUAAAACAUUUGAUGGCAUUGAAGCUGGUGACAUUGGAGCCAAAUGUGGAUGGAAUGGUAUUGAUAAUGGUUUCUUACUUUUUCGUAACUAUCGAAUUCCAAGAGAAAACUUACUGGAUAAACAUGGUGAUGUUUUACCUGAUGGAACUUAUAAAACUCCAUUUAAGACAUCAAGUAAGCGAUUUGGCGCAAGUCUUGGUGCUCUUUCGUCGGGCCGUGUAGGGAUCAGUAGUUUAGCAAUUGGACAUUUAAUUAAUUGUUGUACAAUUGUUAUUCGUUAUUCAUGUGUUCGCAAACAAUUUGGACCAUCACCGGGUGUAGAAAUACCUGUUAUUGAAUAUCAAACUCAAAAUUGGCGUUUAAUUCCAAUACUUGCAUCGCUUUAUGUUUAUCGAAAUUUAGCAUUGUCAGUCUUCGAUAAUUUAGCUGAAUUCUAUGCCUUGUCAAUGUCAAAUGAUGAAAGCGAUCAAGAUACUCUUGCAUAUAUGGGUAGAGAACUUCAUGCAUUAUCAUGUACAUGUAAAGCAAUAUGUACAUGGAACACACAAAAAGCAUGUCAAGAAUGUCGUGAAGCAUGUGGAGGUCAUGGUUAUUUAUAUGCCACUGGCUUUGGUACUAUUCGAAAUGACAAUGACCCAUCAUGUACAUUUGAAGGCGAUAAUAAUGUUUUAUUGCAACAAGCUUCAAAUUAUAUUUUAUCAAGUUAUGAAGAUACAUAUAAAAAUAGUACACCGAUUAGCAGUCCAUUUAAAAGUAUUGAUUUCAUUGCAACAUUGAAAAAUACUAUGCGAAAUAAUCGCUGUUCAAUUACUGCUGAAUGUGAUAUAAAGGAUUUACUUAAAGCUGUUGAAUGGCUAUUAUGUUAUAUUCUUGACAAAUCGGCUAGAAAAGUUGAUCAAUUAUCAAUGCAAAAAAAUCUUUCAUCAUUUGAUUUAAAAAAUGCAGCACAAGUUUAUCAUCUUCGAACAUUAUCAAUCAUUUAUAUUCAACGCACAGCUAUCUUUCGAUUCCUACAAUAUAUUGAAGAUAAUCAAGAAAUGGAUGAUAAAUGUAAAAAUGUUCUUGAUAAAUUAUUACUUGUUUUUACGUUGAAAUUUCUGGAAGAAAAUUUAAAUUUAUUAUUUGAAGGAAAUUAUUUUAGUAAUGGUUCAAUUAAUAUUUUGAUGCAAAAUCGUUUAAUUGAUUUAUGUCAUGAUUUACGAAAUGAAGCUGCUGGUUUAGUUGAUGUUUUUGCGCCACCUGAUCAUAUACUUAAUUCAGUUUUAGGUGUUAGUGAUGGAAAGGUUUAUGAAGCAAUUAAUAAACAGAUACAUAGUAAUAAACAUACAUUUUUAACUCCCCCAUGGAUCAAACAAGAUUUGAUGGAACGCAGUAAACUUUAA